AUGUUUAAGAAGACACCACAUAUUAAGCCGUUGAGCAAUCUGAAGAACUCAGAGCAACGGAAGUUGCAGCAGGAAGUACAGAAACAGUUUGGUGUGGAUGAGUUCGUCUUCUCGGGCAACACAGUCAAGCAGACAAACUUCCAGUCGACGACGAGUGUCGGGACGAUAUAUUUGAACGAUGAGAAGAUUCCUGUGCCGCUAUUCUUUAAGGAGAAACAUGGGUCUGGUCCGCUCUGGCCCAGUGUCUACGCUUGCUGGUCGCACCCUGGUUUGCUGCCAAUCAUACUGACCCACUCUGUGGUCAUCGAAGACCAUCUGUUCAAUGGUGCGAACCUGAUGAUUUCGGGGACCAUGCCGCCAUUUGACGUAGCUCAUUUGCAUAAGGGCCGGCCCUGUGGUAUUGCCAAUUACAAAUCUCCAGAUGUGAUUAUUGCUGUGGGAACUUUGAAGAUGGACUUGGAGCCCUUCAAUACGACAGGUGUUGUUGGCCACAGUGGUGUCGUUGUCGAGGUGGCUCACCAUUUUGCAGACGGUCUGGCCGAUGCAUUCCGUCUGAAACUAGAUAUCCCAGACAAGUUAGAAUCGGCGACUACACAAGAGGUGGCGGAAGAGCCACCAGUUGAGGCGAAACCAACUUCGCCUGUGACGAAUCCAGUCGCUGUUGAUGACUUGGCAGAGGUUUUGGAGACCCUCUCCGUGGAAGACGUGGACUAUUUCAUGACAAGAGCCCUGUACUACACCUUAACACAGGAACCAAAACUGGCAUUGCCCAUCAAUGCCUCGAACUUCAUGUCCAUGCACCUCAUGAAAUGCUUGCCAAAGGGUAUAGACGCCACCGAGGUCAAUGUGAAGAAGUCCUCAUGGAAGAAGACAGCAAAGUACCUGAAACAUUUCGAGAAGGAGGGUCUCUUGAAGUUGAAGGGCAAAGGUGACGAUUUGGUCGUUGUGGGGAGUACUGAUUCGAAGACACAUGCAGGAUUGAAGGAUUUUGUGCCCUACCUGGUGGGCAACUCAAUUGCCGAAUCCGGACCCAAGUCGCAAACGACAAACGGCCCAGUCAUGUUUGCAGUGACGAGUUUCCAACCUGAUUCUACAGCACAAACAGCAUUGCCCCUGGGGGGUCAGAGAUACUUCUCAGGGCCAGAGAUCCGUGAAGUGCUCAACGAGUACAUCACGGCUAACAAACUGGCUCAACCAAAUAAUCCGAAGAUGGUUCUCUUGAACGAUACGCUCUUUGGGAUGGUCACGAAGGGGAAUGAGGAGAAGCAGACGACAAAGCGGAUCAUGGCAAGACCGGAGAUACUCGAACGUGUCAUGAAAUACCACUUCAAAACGCUAUACCAGCUAUUCAAGGACAAGGAUACCCCUUUGACAAAGCACCCACAGAAGGGUGAACCUCCCAAAGUACAUAUCAUCACCGAGAUGAAGAUCGGUCGCAAAGUCGUCACGAGAGUGUACAACUUCGACCAUCUGAACAUCCGCGACACAGAAUUUGCAGCAGAUCUGCGUAAGCUCUGCAGUGCCUCGACUACGAUAGGAAAAACGGUGAGCACCCCAGUGGUGUCCGAGAUCCAGGUACAGGGCGCCCACGGCCCCUUGAUCAUCGACCAUCUACGCGAACUGGGCGUCCCGAGCUCAUGGGUCGUGUUCGAAAACAAAGUCAAACCCAAGAAGAAGCGCAAGUGA